AUGUCUCGUUCCACUCUUUCCGUGCUUUUGGCCAUCGCUGCCACUUCAAAAUUCGCCCUUGCUCAACCUGACCCAGCUGACCCAACACCACUUGUUGACAAGACCUAUGCUUACCCGUCAGGAAUUCCCUAUCAAGUCGACUACAACACCGCUGCUAUUCGUGGCCCUCAGGUCGGUUACAACAUCUGUAACUCCACCACACAGAACCAGGAUUCCAUGUGCCAAACUUCAAUGGUGAACCACAUUGACGAUUUUUGCUUGUGGGCACCUCCCAUCCCCAACUCUACUAUCGGUGAUACCGAGCAGGAGGAGGUUGCAUGGUGCACAAAGCCUGGCCACGGCACUCGUCUCAUUCCCAAUGGUGCCCUCCAGGGUGUUCAGUACCUCGUCACUUCCGAGUACAUUCAAAUCGCUGGUUUCAUCGACCAGACUCAGGUUAACAUGAACGCUCAAGACUACGGAGGUGAACUCGACCCGCACGGUGCUGACCUCCGUGGGAAUCCUCUCGGAGGUUUGAUGUACUCUAACGCGUUCCCAAGUAACGGUGGUAACAACAAUUCCUACCAGCAGGUUAUCGACUGGACAAACUUCAUGGGUGGUGACUCCUUCUGUAUCACAAUCUGCGAUCCUGCUUCUAGCAGUGCAAACCAGUCUGCUUACUGCCAGAACAUCUAUGACCGCAUGGGCUGCAGUUACAACAUGCCCAACAAUGCUCAGAACGGUACCUUCGAGGUUUGCGACUCUGACCUCAAGGUCCCUGCUGGUCUCUACGUCACUGGCGGCGUCACCAUGACCUACACCCAGCCAAAUUCUGGCGUCGUCGACCCACCCUACACCGCUUUCACUCCCGCCUCAUCCAACUGCGUGACUUACGCCAGCGCUUCCCUCUACACUGGCCUCGCCACCGUCACCCCUACCGGUGUCUCCGCUUCAGCAGGCGGCGCUACAGGUACCGCCAAGGCUUCUUCGACUGGCACGAAUACAGCUGGCGGUGCUGCUGCAACCCAGAGCGGCGGUGCAGUCGCUCUCGGCGUUUCCACCCUUGCCGGUGUCACCGGUACCCUUUUCGCAAUGAUCUUCCUCUCAUGA